AUGUUUAAUGCUAGUUGGAUCGCACCUAAUUAAUUAACAAUGAAACUUUCAACUAACUAAAAUUCUAAUAUUUUCUUAGAAAACUAUCCAAAGUUACCCCAAAUACCUCAAAGAAAUAAAUUUCUAACUGCAGAAAGGCCAUAAUUUAGAAUAUAAUAAUAAAUACAUAAUCAAAAAAAUUUUCUAUCAUUUUAAGAAAUUUUUGAGAUCGAUUAGAAGAAUAAACAUCUCCUCAAAGAGUUAAUAAAUGUAUUGAAUGAAGAUCUCAAUUAAUAAACAUAAACAAUAUAGACUUACAUUUAAAAUUAACAAGAUUAUGAAAUAAAAACAAAGCCAUAUCGAAUAAGAAAUGUAUCAUAUGAUAAUAACUUCUAAAGUGACAGAUCAUUUGAAGAAGGAGAUAAAUUUCAUAAAUUUCGUAAAUUACCAGUUAAUUAUAAAAAUUCACAAUUAAAACAUUAUUCUAGAACAGAAAAAAUCCAUAAAACAAUAAAUGCAAAUUAAGAAGAAUUAAGAGAUUCAAAUAUUGAGUUUGAAUCAAAAUAAGUAAAUACUAUGAAGAUUUUAAAUCCAAAAUAAUUGAAGAUAAAUUAAAAGAUACAUGAAUAAGAUGGAGAGAUAAAAUAGACUUUGAAUUCAAUUAAUGAAUCCCUUUUAAAAAAGAAAAAAAAAUUCAAAAUAUUUGGUUAAGCAGUAUUUGCUGCAAUUUGUUUGUCAAAAAAAUAUAGAAUGAUACAAAAAAAACAGUUAGAAUAACGAAAUUAAAUAAAUAAAAAUUUCAAAGAGUACUAAAAAGUAAUUGACAAAUUUUCUAAAAGACAAGCAAUAAUUCAUGAAAAAUAAUACUAUGAAUAUGUUGUAGAGAAAAUAAUGCAUUAUUUUAAGGAUUAAUCAUUUAUUGAUGAAACUCAAAAAAUUCAAAAUUAAUCGAAGGAAUACUAGAGUGACAUAAGAAAAUUGCAUGUUUUUAAAUUCACUACUUUACUUUUAAAAAAUAUAGAAUUGUAUACUAGAUAGAAUACAAUAUUAGAUCUUAUAAAUAGUUUACUUAAUAUAAGUUUGUAUUAGAAAACAGCUAUUCCAAUUUCUAAAUUUGUUGGUUAAAGAUGUAAUUUUUAUAAUGAUGAUUGCCUUAAGAUACCUUAAGAUUAAUUAGUUUUAAUAGCAUUAGAAUAUUAUUUUUUUAUUAAAUUGAUUCCAAAUUUAUUUGAAAUUUUAAAUAAGCUUUAAGAAGAUAAAAGCAAUACAAAAUAGAAAAUUAAAACAAAUUCAUUUCAUUUAAAUGAAUGUCAUUUUUAUGUAUGUGUUGUUGCGACUUUACUUCAAUAAAAGAUUAUUUAGUUUUUUUCUGAGUUGAAAAAGAUAAAAAAUCCUAAUGGGAAUAUUGUGUAAAAGACAUUAAAAACAACUUAAUAACAAAAUCUAGUCAUUAAGGCAUAGAUUGUAAUUAAUAAUCAAUUAGAUAAUAAAGGUGAAGAAAAUGCAAUAGUGAAAGGAUUAAUUACAACCGAUUUAAUCUUAGCACUUGAAUAGGAGAAACCCUAAUGGAUGUAAUUUAUAAAUUAGACUUUUUAAUAAAUUAUUAAAAAUUUUCGAGACUUGAUUCCAAAUUGA